AUGCAUUCCGACUCCCCCGAAUACUGGUUCGACUUCGAUGCAGCUUCCUCGAAGACCGGCGGCUUCUCUGAGAUCCCGACUGACUCCUUAUCCGAAGAGGUCGUGUUGAACAAGCAGUCCAAUGGCUUUAUGAAGCGCAGAAGCCAUUCCAUCUCGAUGCUCUUUGCUGCCGAGAGCGACGACUGCGGACCGGAAUCAGGCCCCUCUUUCAACACGCUGAAUGUACAGGAAGAAGUGUUCCCCAUCCAUUAUGAGGACCAUGUCCCAUACAACACGCGCCGCGUCAUGCUGGAUGACCUCUCUCCGAUCUCCUGCGUCUCGUAUGCUCCGACUCCCGAGUUUACUAAUUCCACCCUCUCCUCGUUGAACUCUACGCCUGCUACGUCUGAGGAUGAUCUGGCCCUCAGCUCAUCACCUUCACUUCCUGAGGAUGCUUUUAUGGAGCGACCCGGCUUCUCUGGCCGGUCUCAGGGACAUGAAGUGGAUCACUUUAUUGAGGGUGGCACCGAUAUACACACCCGAAGCUUCCUCGACAGCCCAUCCUGCCUGUCCCCUGUGGGUUUACCAAGUUUAUCCACAGCCCCGGAACUAUAUCCUCCCAUGGAUUAUUCACGAAGCCCUUCUCCCGUCGACUCUUCACAUUCUUCUCGCUCUCGUGACUCAUCUCCUUCCCCUGUGAGCCCGUCGGCCCUCUCUUCUUCUAGCCCUUUAUCUUCACCCCCAACGUCCGUAAGGGAUAUGUCCCCAAGUAUAACGGAGGAUGAGGACGACGAGCCUCAGCAGCCACAGAGACCAUUCCGACGCGCUGUUCUCCGACCUGCCCCUAGUACCCGAGUCAUCUCGCCUCCUUCCAGUCCAGAGCUUCGGCACUCUAGUCGCCUGGUGCAGCAGCCCCCUAUGACAUACAACGCAGAUGCUAUCUCGGAUGAUGAAGGGCAAGGGCCUUCGCAUGCCUUUGAGACCUCCAAGAGGAAGAGGGAGGAGGAUGACUACAACGAUGAUUCUUGCACCUCCGGGGACGACUCGGACGACGAUUUUUCCGCAUUCGAGCUCCCGACGCGGCCGGUUAAGCGACCUCGCAGCGCGGGCAGGGGAAGCAACACGCCACACCGUGACGGCGAGUUCAAGAAGGGCAGCCGCGGUGGCAAUCGCCGGGGCAGAGGGCGCAAGGGGCACCAUACGGAGAGAGCUUUUAGCGGGCGCAGGGGUUCGGGUCGCUACGUCUGCACCCGGGAGCGCGGCGACGGGCGCCAAUGUGGCGAGAGUUGCACUCGGGCCGCAGACCUAGUACGGCACAUCUUCACCGUCCACGACCGAGGCAAGGUCGAAACCUUGUCUGAAGAGGAUAAGGCGAAACUCUACGAGGUCACUGACCCAAGGGAGCGGAUUUGGUGCGAGUAUUGUCGGAAGAUACUCUCUCGAGUCGACGCUCGGAAGCGUCACGAAGCUAAUCCGAGAGCUUGCUCCGAGUUCCCUUCCCCCCCAGAGGAAGACGGAGAAGAGAAAGGGAAGGCUGGGCCAGAGGAGAGAAAGAACGGACGCCGUCCCAAGCCCCGCCGCGCUGCGCGCCGAUGA